AUGACCGAUCGGCUUGAAGUGGGUAUUCAAGGUAAAGUGAGAUCCAGCAGGGAAGAUCAUAAAGCACAAGCUCUCGCCGGUGCAAAUGGGUGGAAGGUCCAUCAUCUCAAUGUGAAGUCAACAUUCUUGAAUGGAAAGCUGGAAGAAGAAGUGUAUGUAGUACAACCAGAGGGAUUUGAGAAGAAAGGAAGCUGGAACUCAGAUGUAAAGGAGUUCAAGCUAGAGAUGAAAGCUAAGUUCGAGAUGAGUGAUCUUGGCCUGUUGACUUAUUACUUAGGAAUCGAAGUCAACCAACACAGUACAGGAAUAACAUUGAAACAGGAGGCUUAUGCAAAUAAUCUCUUAAACAAGACUCGAAUGUUGGAUUGUAAUGCCACAAGAACUCCAAUAGAGCACAAGAUAAAGUUGAGCAAGAAUGAAGAAGGAGAACUGGUUGAUCCUACUGAAUACAGAAGCAUUGUAGGUGCUCUAAGGCACCUAACUCACACUCGUCCCGAUCUCUCGUUUUUAGUAGGGGUAGUAAGUAGAUUUAUGGAGAAACCAACAAUCAAGCAUCUCCAAGUUGUAAAAGGAAUACUUAGGUACAUAAAGGGUACCUUAAAUUAUGGCUUGACUUACACCAGAAGUGAAGGUAGAGUCACCCUUAUAAGGUACUCUGACAGUGAUUUUGGAAAAGAUAUGAAUGAUGUGAAAAGCACAGGUGGGACAGCAUUCUAUAUGAAUGGGAAUCUGGUAACAUGGGGAUCACAGAAGCAACGAAGUGUAGCUCUAUCGUCAUGUGAAGCAGAGUUUAUGGCUACAACCACAGCAGCCUGUCAAGGCAUUUAG